AUGGCUCCAGAGCCCCUCUUCAGCUUAUGGUCCCUUUUUUCGCCUCAAACUCCCAGCGGCACCGACCCUCAGCGACCCGACCUGCCGCGGAGCGUCGCCUUCGAGCAGAUCUUCAAUCAGAUGGCGCCGGACGCAGAGCCAUGUCUUUGGCCUGGCGAUCGCCAUGCCUUGUACGACCUGCUGGGGCUUGGACCCCCCGCUCGGCUGGGGCCGUGUAGCGACGGGGCGUUGAGCCUUGGGCUGUGGCCUCGCUUGGUGGAGAAGGUCACCCAGACGUGGCUCCAGCUCUCUUAUCGAUGGAGACCUCACCUGUUGGAGCAACGCUUGUUGGAUCUCCUUGCUCAGCAGAAGGCCUUUGCCACGCUUGGCCUCGCGGCCCUGGAGAUUCAACCGGCCGCACACGCAGGCAAAGAGGCGCAGGCAGUGCUGGCGAUGUUGGAUCCCAAAGGCCCUCCAGUGGCCGGGCUCAGCGCGACUGCGGCGGCGUGGCUACGGGGCUCGGUGGACUCCUUGGCAGAGGCGGUCGAGGAGAUCUUCACAGCGCAACUGCUGGGAAAGCAGCAGGCGCAGGCGGCGAACUGGUGGUUGGCCCAGGGCAAGCUGGGAGAAGAUGGAACAUUUCUCUUCAGUCGCUUCAGGGGCCGCCCUCAUCCCACGCUUUUGCACCAGAGUGCAGAUGCCACCAUGUCGUUGCUUAAGAGCAUUUGGAUUGACGAAAAGAACAUGGCGGAGCAAAGUGCUGAAAUCCAAGAGCAGGUCGACGAGGCCACUGAUGCCGGUCGCCUCGCAGAGCUCUUGUCACGCACCGCGGUCGAUGAGGCCUCGGUCCAUCAGAUGCAGAGCCUCGCAUUGGGAUUGCCCUGGCUGCCAGAUGUUCCAGUCUUCAGUGGUAUAGAAGCAAGCUUCACACAUGAAGAGAUCAAAGACUUAGUCUUCCAUUCCAAUGCUAUUGAACUGCUCUCCGACCUGACGGUCCUUGAGAGGGUGAGCCACAACAGCACGGUGCUCGUGCCCAACAGCUCGCACGGUGUCCGAGCCGUGCCGCUCUUGGAGUGGUACAAGGAGCCGGUCAUGAAACUUCAGAGGCUUUUCACCUCGGAGCCCGCCCAGCAGCUUGGCCUGGCACCCCUAGCAGAAGCCUUGAAGCCCGGGCACCGCGUGGCAGAGUUGUGUCAGGCGAUUUGCGGCAAUUGGUCCGGGCGCGAACAAGCAACGACUUCGAGAAAGGACAAGAAGGUCUUCAUCUCCUUGUGCCCGGUCGGUGUUGACCAACGAGAUGUGUGGAAAGAGCCCUUAGCCUUGGUCGUGGGUCUUGCCCGUCCGUUGCCAAUAAAGAGCCUCGUGGGAUUGGAGGCCAUUCGCCCAACACUGCAGUCCUUCUGGGAAACGGCCACAGAACGUCUGGGAAACGGCCACUGGCGUGAUCAAGCCCUUCGACCCGACGUCUCAUGUACGGAGCCCAUUUUGGCGGUGUGGCCACUGCGGCUCGCCGGGGGAGCGAGCAUGAUGCAAGAUCCUCAUUUGAUACCAUACUCAGACGGAACAGCAAUAGUAAUCAUGGACAUCACCGUCCUGAAGUGUAGGGGCGGCUGGACUCAAUCGUCCCAGUCACUGGGAGGGCCAGCACUCACAGAAGCAGCUUGCGUACGAAGCAUUGCUGCAGCCCAUGUGGCUUGGCAAGAGUGGGCAUACUUGCUGGUCUUUGUGGGCAAGAAGCAGACGGUGGUGCAGGGGACGAAGGAGGAUUUCUUGGCUUUGGUCUCGCCAGCCUGGCGUUCCUUCGACUUCGAUCUCCCCAGCGGGAAACGCCAGCACGCUCAAGCAGCCUUCGGCGCUUGGUGGUCAGUGCUGCGGAUGCUGUGGGCGGAGGCUGGAGCUCUCUUGGGAUGCAGUCAGAAGAGUGGUACUGAGCCUCGUGAGCUUUGCCUUUGGGCCGUCCUGGGCCGCUUAGCAGAUGAACUGCGGCCAUGGGAAGACUUUGUUGCAUCUGACGCUACUAGACUGCUCAGUGCCUCCAUGCUGCUUGGAUGGCUGGCCAUGAAGCAGGUCAUUUACUGUGCAGAUUGGGAGGAUGAAGAGAGUGGAGAAAUCCGCUGUGAGUGUGGAAUUCCACUCGACAGCUCCGAAAAGACAGCUAGCAAACGUGUAUCCUUGAUGCCUGCGGUGGCUGCUGCCAGAGAGUUUUUGCAACUCAUGGCCGAGAUCGUUGUGGCCGGUGAGGUGUCCAAUGUUCAAAAGCUCUACACCAACACCCUCUCCAACGAGGACUGGCAGAAGGUGGUGUCCAGCUGUGUGCUCCAAGCUGGAGGAAAGACCCAACGCUAUCUAUUGCUGGAUCGGAUGGACCUUCGUUUGCCUCCCCGUGCCCGACGGCGGAUGGCCCACAGUGAUGGCCCGCUGCCGGCCGAUGAACUCUUUCGAGAAGAGGCAGGUCCUCGUGAUGAGCCGCUCUUCAGUGCUUUGGCGGAUGCGGUGAUCCGUCGCGUCAGCGAACUGGAGCCGCUCCAUGUGGCCAACCUCUGCUGGGCCUUCGCCAACGUGGCCCGCGCCGAUGAGAUCAACGACCUGCGAAAGCCCGGCAUGCGCCACGUGUCGCUGUUCCAAAGCCUCGGCCGUCGAGUGUCCAGGCUCGCCGGGGAGCUGCUGCCGCAACACCACGCUUCGAUCCUGUGGGCCUUCGCCAGCUGCGAGGUCAAGGAUGGUGUGUCCGCACUGAUCGACCACAUGUUCCCAGCGAUGCAAGCAAGACCUGGGUCCUACGAUGGUCGGCAAGCUGCCGGGAUGCUCUGGUCCCUGGCGGUGCUCCGAGAGCCACAUCAGCCGUUGAUGGACUUCCUGAUUCAUGAGGUUUGCCACACUGGAACCGAAGGGCUGAUUCGAGAUGGUCCUGCUCAUUUGGCGUCCAUCGUUUGGGCCACCGCACGAUUCUCCAAGCCAAACCCUUUGGUCGCGCAGGCGCUGAGCGCGGCCCCGCGGCGUCUGGCCGCCGAGCUCGCCGGCGGCGCCGCGGAGCUCAGCGAGGGCCGAAGGCAGAACAUUGCUGCGGUGGUUCGCUCCAUGUACGAAUUGGGCUUAAGCAGCACAGCACGCACACUCCUCGAUGAACUGGAGGCCCUGGGCCUCUUGUCUCCUGGAAUCGAGGAGCUCGCGCGAAAACGGAAGACUGAAGUGAUUGGAGAGACUGAGGCGUUGGUGGCGUCCUUGUUACACGAACGUAUCGAUGUGACGUGUGCUGCUCCGAAGGUCUCCUGGGGUGCUAAGCUGUUCUCGUGCAUCCUGAUCAGCAGCCUCACUGGCUUGGCCAUUCUCUUUCCACGCGGUCCAGUGGAUGAUCACGAAGAUGACAUUCUGAGGUUUUUCACUUUGGGAUCAUUGAGUGUGAUUGCAUUGCUUCAUGUCCUGUGCCUUCUUAAGAGCCAUCCACCAUCCUGCUACAUGACUGAUGCCAAGUGGUGCAUCUUUGGUAUUUGGCUCGGUCGGAUGAGCUAUUGGCUUUACGAGAUUUCCCUUGAGUAUGGCUGGAGGUCGUUCGCAAGCUUUCCUUUGUCCUUGAACUGUGGCUUCGACUCCGUGGUUUGCUGCUGGAUUCUGAUGCUCUUCCAGUGCAGACUUCAGGCCCUUCAUGGAAUCACAAGAACAGCUUCCAGACUUUGGCUUUACAUCUUUGUGGCGGCCUUGUUCCUGACGUACUACUUCGAGGGCCUUCGCUUGGGCUACGAUACACGCCUGGGUGACUGCUGCGGCUUGGCUGUGAGGCUGCCAUUUCUGUGCUUCUGGGCUAGCUAUAUCAUCAGUGUUUGCGUGUCCAUCACAAACUGCAUGGCGAGUUUGAGGAUGGAAUCUAUGAAAGUUAGAGGUCUCGCCAAGCAACAGAUCCUGUGGGCCAUUGGGAUUCUGCGGAUGGAGCGCGUGCUUUGUGCUGUCGUGGGCAUCUCCUGGUUCCUCUCUUAUUCACUUCAGGCUUUCGUGCUUGCACUGCAGACCUGGCAGCAGAACGACUAUGAAAGCAGUCAGGAAUCUCUUUGGGGUUGGGUGGACAUUUUGGGCCACGUGGAUGGUGUCAUCAGCUGCGUGAAUUUAGCGUUCCUCUCGGGAAUUCUUUGGCAGAGCUCCCCUCCUGCUGAAACAGAUGCUGAAACAGAAUCGAAGGCAAGACUCAGGGGCCUAUCCUCAAUGGCAAGCUUCCUGGAGGCUGGCGAGGAGCCCUUGUACCAUGCCAAAAUCGAAGAGUUGGCGCACCGUGGGAUUCGUUUGGCAUUCUUGCUGGAUUUCUGGGAAGAGCUCUUGGAAGGGACGCUGAUGCCAAGCUUUGAUGCUGAAUGGUCGCUGACCAAUGACGUCGUCCGCUUGGCCAUUAUCCCCAGAUCGCGUGUCGGAAGAGGUGGGAAAGCCUUAGCAUCUAUCUGGGAAAAUUCGGUGUUGCCACGGAAUAUGGUCACACACAACUGGACCAACAGAUUUGCUUGCCUCGUGGGAGGCAUAGUGGCAGAUGCUUUGAAUGAGGGCACCUACGAAGAGCUUGCGGAGCAGUUGAAUAGCGAAGAGGGUGUGGAGAAGCUGAGAAACAGGCUGUUGGAAUGCGGAAAGAUGGAUGUAACCUACUGGGUUUGUGCCUUCUCCGUUAAUCAGCAUGCAAGCAUUUGCGGCGGAUAUGGUCCUGAACCCCCAGAAGACACUCCUGAAUGGCAAGCAUGGGAUCAGAAAAGAUACGAUUCUGUGAGUUUGCAGAAGUUCCCUCUUUGCCGUUGCUCUCAGCCCAAGAUUUUAAGCCAUGCAAACCCUGCUUGUGAGUUGAACAAGUUCGAUGACAUGAUGCGAUAUUUGGACCGGCGAGUGUUACUAUUUAGCCACGUGAUCAUCGUAGACCAACAGUUUGAGCUUCUUCGCAGGGCAUGGUGUGUAGCUGAAAUCGUCGAAGGAAAUGUCUUAGGCAUUCCUGCGAAGAUCAAAGUCUUUUCCCAAGCUGCCGUGGAUGGCCACUACGACUGGCUCGCCGUCAUGGAUGUCCGGGACUGUUCCGCCUCGUCGGCGACGGACAAGGCGUUUAUCUUGGGCAAGAUCGCCGAUGUGGAGGCCUUCAACCUGAAGCUACAACAGUUGGUCUUCAGUGCCGAAGGCCUCUUCUCAGAUUGGAUUGAUGGCCAAGAACGCUCCAGGCAAGUGGGUCGGAUCCUGCGGCGCUGUCUCAGCAAGGCCCCGUCCACCGCGUCCACCCGGCUACACUGGCGCGACCUCGUGGGCUGGAGCGAGACGGAGGCGGAGGCGACAUCGACCUCUUCUGAGACCGAGUCGGAGAAGUUGAUGUGGUGA